AAGAGCGCGCGUGUGAUGUGUUUGUGUGUCCUCAGUGUUUUUCUCUCUUGCGUGUUUCAUCGAGUUUAAACAGAGUCUUGUCUCUGUGUAUUUAAGUGUUAAGACGAUGCAGGAAACUACAGUGUGUGACAGUAAACAGAGCUUACAGGAGGAUCAAACCUCCACAGAGUCUCUGGAUUCUGUCUGUAACGCUGGAGAACAGCAGCAGAUCCUGCAGACCAAACUGAAGAUGUGUUCAGUUAAACUCAUCGACUGCACGAACCUCAUGAUGAAGAUUAAAACUGAACCCACAGAAAUCAAAACUGAACAUAAAGAAAUAAAAACUGAACCUACAGAAGAGGAAGAUUGCACUGAUGAAGAUGAUGAUUUUAUUCCAUCAGAACAGAAACUCUUCACCAGAUCUGAGAUCAGCUUUACUACCUUACAAGAGAAGAAACUUCAUUCAGAAGACCACAGAGAGAAGAAGAAGAAGAAGAAGCAGUUUCACUGUGAGCAGUGUGGGAGGAUUUGUGUCUCUUCCUCUGAUCUAAAUGUUCACAUGAGGAUACACAGUGAUGAAAAGCCUUUCAACUGCACUGAAUGUGGAAAAUACUUCAAAACCAAACACACUCUUAAAAUUCAUCAUAGAAUUCACACAGGAGAAAAACCUUACAAAUGCUCUCAGUGUGACAAGACUUUUUCUCAGUCAAAUCACUUGAAAGCACAUCAGAGAAUUCAUACUGGAGAGAAACCUCAUCACUGUAGUGUCUGUGAGAAGAGUUUUAGUCAUGGGUCUGCAUUACUAAAUCACAAGAGACUUCAUACAGGUGAAAAACCUUUCAAAUGCUCUCAGUGUGACAAAACGUUUGCUUAUUCAAGUCACUUACAAGACCAUCAGAGAGUUCAUACUGGAGAGAAACCUUAUCACUGUAGUGUCUGUUGGAAGAGUUUUAGUCAAGGGUCUGCAUUACUAAAGCACCAGAGAAUUCAUACAGGUGAAAAACCUUUUAAAUGUUCUCAGUGUGACAAGACGUUUACUUGUUCAACUAACUUAAAAGUCCAUCAUAGAGUUCAUACUGGAGAGAAACCUUACGUCUGCUUUCACUGUGGAAAGAACUUCACUAAUUCAACUCAUUUAAGAGUUCAUGAGAGAGUUCAUACUGGAGAGAAACCUUAUCACUGUAGUGUCUGUGGGAAGAGUUUUAGGGUAAAGUAUACAUUACUAAAGCACAAGAGAAUUCAUACAGGUGAAAAACCUUUCAAAUGCUCUCAGUGUGACAAGACGUUUACUUGUUUAAGUAACUUAAAAUCCCAUCAGAGACGUCAUACAGGAAAGAAACCUUAACACUGUAAUGUUUGUUGAAAGAGUUAAUAAACAGUCAGUCUUUGUAAA